AUGCGAUCGGACGAUCACGACGACAUUGUGUCCAUUACUUCUUCCAUGUCGGAAACGCCUACUGAGUCAAGCCCUCUUCUUGCACCUGGCAAGCAACGAGAAGUGACAGCCAGCUGGGCCAAAGAAUUUCGAUGGCUGCUUUUCAACAGCUUGCCUGUGAUUGGUACAUAUCUCUUGCAACAAUCUCUUCAACUUGCUUCCGUUUUUACUCUUGGUCAUUUGGGCCCUACUGAACUUGCAGCUGCUGCUCUUGCUAGCAUGUUUGCCAAUGUAUCUGCCUGGAGCGUUGCAUUUGGUACUGCCACUGCACUCGAUACCCUUUGUUCUCAAGCCUAUGGCGGUGCCCGUGAUAAGACUUUGGUCGGUGUCUACUUGCAACGAGCAUUGGUAAUGUUGGCGCUCAUGAUGAUACCCGUGGCAAUUGUUUGGUGGAACGCUACACAAAUCCUGCUAGCACUCGAUCAGGAACCUGAGUUGGCAUUCAAAGCAGGCCUUUUCCUUCGUUGUCUUUUGAUUGGUGUUCCUGCAUUCGUCGCUUUUGAAGCAGUCAAAAAGUUCUUGCAAGCACAAGGCAUCAUGAAAGCAUCCACUUAUGUAUUGAUGAUUGCAUCACCUAUCAACUUUGGUCUCAAUUACAUGCUUGUUCAUUGGGAACCUAUCAGCAUUGGCUUUAUUGGUGCACCUCUCGCUACAGCAUUCAGCUAUUGGCUUAUGCUUGCUCUAUUGAUUGGUUACAUUUGGAAAUUCAGAGGUGCUGAAGCAUGGGGUGGAUGGUCUAUGGAUGCUUUCAAGGAUUGGUGGCCAUUCAUUAAACUUGCUGUGCCUGGUGUGCUCAUGGUUUGCAGUGAAUGGUGGGCCUUUGAAUUGGCAGCUUUGGCAGCAUCCUAUCUUGGCACCGUUGAUCUUGCAGCACAAUCGAUCUUGUUGACAUCAGCCUCUGCAACCUAUACAAUCCCCUAUGGUAUUUCCGUUGCUGCAUCCACACGCGUUGGCAAUUCAAUUGGCGAAGCUUCAGCUAAAAAGGCCAAGUAUGCAUCCAUGAUGGCUCUUGUUUUUGCUGUUGGCUUUGGUGCUCUCAAUUCAAGCUUCUUCAUGGCCACGCGCUCGUUCUUUGGUUAUUCAUUCACAUCCGAUGAAGAGGUUGUCACUCGUGUCGCUCAUAUCCUUCCUCUGGCAGCCCUUUUCCAAAUUGCAGAUGGCUUGUGUGGUGUCUGUGGCGGUGUCAUCCGUGGUCUUGGUCGACAAAAUGUGGCUGCAUGGAUUAAUCUCAUUGCCUAUUACGUGAUCGCCUUGCCAUUGGGCUAUGUAUUGACGUUCAAGGCAGAUGGUGGAUUGACAGGUAUUUGGAUCAGCUUGUCAGUUGCCCUUUUUGUUGGUGCUCUUGGUGAAUGCGGCUUUUUGUUCAUCAUUGACUGGCAAGCUGAAGUUGAGCGUACGCGUCGACGUGUCAAGACCGAAGAGAACCAUAUUGUACAUGAGCAUGAAGCUUAA